UCUCUCUCGUCUCUCCAGCCUCACCGUUCAGACCACAAUCGACUCAUUUCGAAUAUUUACUAUGACUCUUUGUGUGAGGGUCUUUAUUUUCUGCUGAUUUUUUUCUAAUUUUUAUGGAUUUUUCUUGAAAACGGAAUGUUGUUUGUAGAUGGACCUGGAGGCGAAAUUGAAUAACUAUUCGAAGCGUUUUCAAGAAAUAAUCCUUGUACCAGUUAUCUGCAACGGGUUUUAAAGAUGGAAGGGUUGUGAAACCUCAUACACGAUAUCUACUCAAGUUUUAAUUUGAUUUUUAAAAUUUAUUUAGACACCUCAUACAGAAUAUCUGUUCAUAUUUUUUUAUUUUUUGUCAAUGAAUCGAUUGUUUAAAUAAUUUUAAUAGACACUCAAUGAAAUAUUAGAAGUUU